UGGUGAAAGACGCGUGUGGGCUGUAAAAGGGGGUUGGUUCGAGCAGGAAACAAACACUGUUUCAAUGUUAGUCUGAACUUCGCAACCUUUGCGGUGUGUACACCCUGGAGUGCCUCCGGUUUGUCUGGAAACGUCGGUGUUAAACGUUUACCUUGGAUGCGCAGUCAUAUUUUAAUUUUAACAACAUCGUGGAUGAAUGAUUUUUUUGACGUUUCUUCUUUCUUCUUAAAAAUAAUAAUACCGAAUCAAAUGCUCGAUCAUGUUCAGAUAUGGUUUUUUUUAUUAAAUGUAGCGCAGCGUGCCAACGGUGCCUGUGUGUGAGCGCUGCGCGUACUAGACGGACGCAUGUAGACCCCCCGCGGCGCGCGCGGUGGACAACGGGGACGUCUCGCGCUGCCGCGUGAACGCACCGCCGGUGGUGUGUGUGUGCGUGCGUGCGCGCGCUGCACGCUGAAACGGGGGGGUACCGUCGCAGAGGCAAGGAAGCAGGGCUCGGAAAAUGACCAUGUCCGUCCCGGAGGGCGGCUCGGGGUCCAGGGGGAAGGAGGAGGAGAGCGAGGACGAGAGCGAGAUCCUGGAGGAGAGCCCGUGUGGUCGGUGGCAGAAGAGGAAGGAGCAGGUCAGCCAGGGCAAUGUUCCUGGCAUCGAGACGGCGUCGCUGGCCAUGGACACGGAGGAGGGGGUGGAGGUGGUGUGGAACGAAGUGCAGUUCUCCGACAAGAAGGUCUUCAAGACCCUGGAGGACAGAAUCAAGGAGAUGUUUGAUAACCUGAUGCAAGUGGACCACCCAAACAUCGUCAAGUUCCACAAGUACUGGCUGGACACCAAGGAAUCUCGAGCGCGGGUGAUCUUCAUCACAGAAUACAUGUCGUCUGGCAGUCUGAAGCAGUUCCUGAAGAAGACCAAGAAAAACCACAAAACCAUGAAUGUGAAGGCGUGGAAGCGGUGGUGCACACAGAUCCUCUCUGCCCUCAAUUACCUACACUCCUGUGACCCUCCCAUCAUCCACGGCAACUUGACCUGUGACAACAUCUUCAUCCAACACAACGGUCUCAUCAAGAUUGGCUCAGUUUGGCACAGGCUCUUCGUCAGUGUCUUCCCAGAUGCCGUGCAUGGAAAGGUACGGCAUCACCGAGACGACCUGCGGAACAUCCACUUCUUCGCGCCGGAAUACGGCUUGGCUGAAGAUGACUACGCCAUCGAUAUUUUCUCCUUUGGAAUCUGUGCCCUCGAGAUGGCUGUCUUGGAAAUCCAAGCUAAUGGUGACGCAAUGGUAUCCAAAGAGGCUAUAGCGCAUGCAGGAGACUCCCUGGAAGAUCCGCUCAUGAGGGAGUUCACGCAGUCCUGCGUUCGUCUUGAAGCAAAGAAGAGGCCUACAGCCCAUGACUUACUUUUCCACCGUGUUUUGUUUGAGGUGCAUUCCCUCAAACUGCUCGCUGCCCACUGCUUCAUCAAUAACCAGUAUCUUUUCCCUGAGAACUGCGUGGAGGAGAAGACCAAGUCGUUUGAUCCCAAUGGCAUCAUGGCCGAGAUUAAACAUGCUGACCGGCCCGGGGUGCAGCUGAAAUACUCCCAUGUCUCUCCUCUAGAGCUGGACAAGUUCCUGGAGGAUGUCAAGAACGGGAUCUACCCCCUGAUGAAUUUUGCGUCCCACCGACCCCAUCCCGUUCCUCGGGCCCUGUCACUGUCCCAGGAGCAUAUGGAAACAGUGAAGACCCCCACACCUGAGCCCCAGGAGAUGGAGACCAGGAAAGUUGUCCAGAUGCACUGUAAUCUGGAGUCCAACGAAGAAGGAACCAGAUCCCAUCUCUCACUCUUCCUGAAGAUGGAUGACAAGCUUCACCGACAGCUCAGCUGUGAUGUCCUGCCCACUGACAGCCCCAAGGACCUGGCCAAUGAACUUGUUCACUAUGCCUUCAUCAGCGAGGAGGACUGUGAGAAGUUGACUGGGUUCUUAGAAGAGGCUCUGGGGAAGCACUGGGGUAGGACGUCGGACUCUCCUGGAACCACGACCGUUUUGGCCCACUGAGCAGCACGCGAGAGACGUGCACACAUCUUGUAGAGAGAGAGCUAAAUGAAAUGUAGAGACCACAUCCCUGCCCUAGACUUUGGGUUGGGAAUGCUGAAGGUAGAGGAGGUCUUUGUCGGGAUGAAGAAUGGACUUGGCCAGUGGCAUAGAAAACCAUGUCUUAAAAGAGGCCAUAGACACUUUCUCUCAGAGCUUCGUGCUUCCAGUAGGAGGACUGACCUUCUCCAGCUGGUCCUUCUUCAUUGGACUCCAGAUGCCACAGAGUUCGAGACCACAGGCUGCUGAGCCCUCCUCCUCCAGUUCAAAAACAACAGAGCGGCAUCUUGUACGAAAGCUUGCUGUGGGAAGAAAGAUUUCUGUGGUUUGACGACGCAAAGGCAGUGAAAGCAGAAGCUGGUGUUGGUGCCCAGCGAUUCUGAUUACUGAUUGCGAGGAGUUGUCACUCUUCACCGUCUUAAUUUUCCAGCAUCGAAUUUGUUAAUUUAUUAAUGCAUGCGAAAAGAUGUCACCCGCAGCUUGCAAGCCACUGGUGACACUUUGAGUCAGGUAAAGAUCCUUAAUUUCUAAUUAGUCUUUGAAUGUCUUCUUUAACUACAAGUAGCCAAACAAAAAAAUGAACGAGCCAUUGAUUAUUCACGUGUUUUACUGUAUAUGCUUCCCCUGUUCAUCCAUUUCUGCAAAGUCCACAUGUCGGUUCUUUAAUGACCUUCGCAUAUGGGCUGUAAAUCCCCAGAGUUUUAAUUGGUUUGCAGUAACAUUAUGACCUUCUGUGAACCUUCUGCCUGCUUCCGGCUGCUAAUUCAGGCAUGUGAAUUAAAUGUUUUAUCGUUACGUUGUGUGGAAAAGAUCUGGGAAAGAGUUAUUUAACAGUCAUCGUACAGAGUGACACAAACACACUUCUGGGUCGAGGUAAAGGUUUUUUUUUUUUUUAAAGAUUCAAGAAAGCAAAAAUCCAAUAACUAUUCACAAAGACGUGGCGCUCCAGAAGUACCCAAAUAAAUAAUGCCGUGACAUCUUGCGCGUAUCACCUGCUAAUGGUACGUUAUGGUAACGUGGUCAGAAGAGGUAUGAUCUUGUUCUCAGGCCAGCGAACAAAAGCAUAGCCUGUAUCGCAAUGGCGGGUGAGACUCCUACAUAAUAUGACCAUGAGGAUCAUGAUGGUGGAGUUGUACGGUUGUUCACCGAGCUUGGCAUUUAGGUUGCAAACGUUUCGUCGCCAGUCGAGGUGGCAUCAUCAAGGCAUGAUCCUCAACUCAUUCGGGCGUUUAACGCUUAAGAUAGCUUGUCGUUGGGAGUAAAAAAAACGCCCUGAUGAUGUCACCUCGACUGGUAACGAAACGUUUGCAAAUGCGAAGCUCGGCGAACAACCAAACACCUCAUAAUAUGACUGUUGACGUGAAAGUUUUUCAUGAAUUACUCUCUUCUAAACUGAUAAUAUGUGAUCCCAUAUUUAUGAGUUGAUCCAUUCAUAUUGCUGUAUCACAGUCUGCACUAUUUUUUGGACAGGAACCUGUGCCUGCUACUGCUAAUCGAAUGCUAAUUUAUUACUGCAUGUUACUGUCAGAACCUCUUAGCUCCUGCAGCUGCAUCAAGCACUGGAGGACCUGCAGUGCUUCCUCUGCUGGCUUUGUGUCUGUAACCCGGGGCCCAGCUUGGCUUCAUUGUCCUUUAUUUCCUUUUGACAUCUGUAAUGCUACAGCUACAUAAGGAUUUUAUUUUUUUCUAAAAUUGACUUUCCUUACCAAUCUAGGAAUGCGUUAAGACGUACAUUUUGCUAGUUACUUAAUGAAGAAAAUGAAUGUCGGGACAUGAGGAUGACCAAAUCCAUUUGUGUAAUUUUCCUAACCCCUCCUCCCAUGACUGAGUCUCUUUGAAUGAAUGUUGGUUCUAUUGUCGUAUUGAACUGGCUCUACCAUUUUUUCCCCCUCAUGUAAGAUAUUGUAAAAUGAAAAAGAUAAUAAAAAGUUGACAAUGUUUUUUUUGCAAUGUUUGAACAAGUCAUUGAUCUUCUUCUACAUGUAACAAAGAAAUAAUUGAGUUUUUUGAGUACCGAACAAUACAAUGGCACACUGCUCCGAUACUGCGCUGAAAUGAUAGGGCUAAUAUGUUAGGUAAUAGGAGUGAAAUAUUCAUGUGCGUAAUAAAGAACCACCACAACUGUAAUCAGUCUCUUACUAUGAAUUUGCAGUUCUGUUCAAAUCAGUUCUCAGUAUUUGACCCAUUUAUACAGUUGGGAAUUUUUACUAUGAGAAAUUGCAUGGAAAAAGGAU